GUUCAGCCCAGAUCCUAAAUCAUACCCCACUUUGACUGAUUUGAUUCCCCUCACAGCACAACACAAGUCCUGACGUCUACUUGUCCCAUUAUCUGACUAUUGGUAUCAAGUUAAGUUUUACAAGUCAAUCAAAGGUAGGAUAUGUGCAUGGCUUCUUUGGACCAUUGUCUUGCUGAAGCGCAGCGUUGCUGCUUCAGGAACAGCAGCGCGGUACACAUUUUAGAGUAUAUGAAGGAGGGAAAGUGUAAGUGGGUGAAGGAUGAAGACUUGGGUGCUUAUAUUGGCGCAACGCAAAGUAGAGAUGAACAGCAUUCCUCUGCAGACACCCAUCAAACGCCGGGAGCUGAUGUAUCCGUAGCUCGUUGUCAAUUACGACUCUUUUUUAUCUCCGCCACUAUUGGGGACGAUGAGCUGCAUACACAUGUCGACCCGACAAUCCUUAAACUAUUGCACGAACAUGCCAAGCUGCCUGCCAAAUUCAUUAUUGACUUAUAUCAGACUGAAGACUGGACUGUCUUCCCAACUACUUAUAAUUUGUCCAAAGCCGGUGAGGCACCGAGCAGAUCAUCCCUUCAGUAUGGUUUUUGGUCUUGGGGAGACCGGGCUACUCAUUCCUUUGUGCAAGUUUUUAUCGAGUCAAACAUGACGACGUACUAUUUUGUAAAUUUCAACGACGGCUUGAAACAAUUCAUAGAAACGUCUCUGACAGAUUACCGAGGCUCGAGGAUCCCGCCCUUAUGUCUGGACAUGUGGAUCUUAAGCCACCUCUUGAAUUCAUAUCGUAAAGGUUUGGGAGCUCAAAGAUCUAUACUUAGGAAAAUUGAGCAUCACCAUGGCGGCUCUACUGUUCAAAGCCAAGUUGAAGAGCUCCACGCUCUCAGUAGAAGAUGGCACUCGAUGCUCAAAGAUUUCAGGGACCUGAAAGAGCAUACCAGACAGCUUAGAGCCUUUUUAAAGCGUUGGGAUGCAGUCUAUAACAGAAGCCGACCAAAUCAUCGUCGCGAGUCAUCGGAGACGAUCGAGUCAAUAUUGCAGUUUGAUAAUGACUGUAAAUUUUGGGCUAGCUGGGCAAGAACAUACCUAGAGCGAACCAAUAUCUGCAUUAAUCUCGCGCACCACCUUGAAAACAAAGAGUUAACGACACAAGCACGGAGAGAGAGUAUCGCCAUGUUCACCCUUGCCAUUGUAACAGUCAUUUUCCUUCCGAGUACAUUCGUUGCUUCAAUCCUUGGCACAAACUUCUUCAAUUUUGACGGGACAUUGUUCACAGUAUCCAGAUUCUGGUGGAUUAUCCCAGUCACAUCAGUGCCACUUACCCUCUUUGUACUACUAUUCUGGUACAAAUGGUCCAAGUCCCGGUCGGAAAAGACAGUGGUGCCGAUUGGUGACGGACUACCAGAGCACAAGGUCUGGGCUCUACCAAGUUUCACCAAACAGCAGAAAGCUUAAGCAGCAUAGACUGCGUGCCGAGUAUUACAUCUGCCACACCCUGUCAAAAUGACGCUGUUAGAUGUGCGAAGUUUAACUGGACUAUAUAUUCCACCCCAGGAUGGCAAUAUCACAGGUACAACCUCAGUAGGAAAAUAUAGGUGGGCUUGUUUCAAUCAUUUUAUUCACGAUACUACGGAAUUCCAAGCACACAGUACAGUAUGAGACUGCUUGAAGUAUGGGUUUGAAAGU